AUGCACGGAAGUGUAAAGUAUAACAAGAAGGCGUCUACUGGGAUCAAGACAUCGUCUGCUGAAUAUAAAAGCAAAUAUUGUCCUCCUGCUCCUCUUGAUCAUCCUGACAAGCCCAGAAAAACAAUAAUUGCUUUUGGCGAUGGUAUGUUUAACAGCAGCCUGAGAGGAAACAGAGGAGCAUCUGUCCGCCUUAUAAAAAAGACUCUGCAAAAAUAUUGCGAAAACCAAUUAGAAAUAUGUAUGGUAGAUGAAUAUUUGACAAGCCAAAUAUGUAAUAGGUGUAAAAAUAGAAAUAUGGACAAUGUUGUAACUGAGAAGUCAAAACGAAGAGUACAUACGAUAUUGAAGUGUAAACAAAACACUUGCAACAUCGUAUGGAAUCGUGAUAUCAUGGCUGCACACAAUAUCUUGGACAUAUUUCUAUUCGCUUUAAGAAACAACAAUCAGCGUCUUGAUGUUUUCAUACGUCAAGGUACGUCUAAUGGCCAACCAUCCGUAUGA